AUGCAGGAGGCAAUCGUUGGCGGUCUGGUCGCCGAUGGUGCUGUCGACCACGCUGUACCAGCUGCUCUUUGCAACGUCGAGCUGCUGGCUCCAUGGGUGACCACCAACGAGGCUGGGCAGAAGGUGCUCAACAUGCUGGCAUCAGAGCAGAGCCAGAUCGGGCGCACCAUUCUGGAACACAGCGUGCGGCAGGCAUGCGCCAGCCUCGUAAAGUCUGCAGUGGAGCAUGGUGUCAAUUCCACGCAGUAUAGGCAUGCGGGGGCAUCAGAGCCCUCCAUUCCCCGUCUCCUGGACCUGACGGUCUACCUUGGAUCCCAGCGCCAGAUCGAUACAGUUUUGGUGUUCGCAAUCAUGGAGGAUGUGAUGGAGCUGUCGACCAUUGAGGAGGCGGAGGGCGUUUUCGGCUACCUAGAGUCGCGCAUACAGAAGCUGCGCCAGGUGUACAACUUUGGGAGCGCUACGUCGCACUCGAAGCUGUCGGUGCUGCGCAUCUGCAACCAGCUGCUGCGGCGGCUGUCGCGCGCGAGCAGCAGCGAGCUGUGCGGCCGCAUCCUGAUGUUCCUCACGCGCCUGCUGCCGCUGCUGGACCGCUCGGGGCUCAACGUGCAGGGCCAGUUCAACACCAGCCACUCCACCCCCGUCGAGGACGUCCCCGAGGGGGCGGUGGACAGCAAUGGGCAGCCGGUGGACGCAGCCUUCUAUGCCACAUUCUGGGGCCUGCAGGACGUGUUCCAGCAUCCCUACACCGCCAUGGAGCCCUCAAAGUGGGCCGCCACUAUCACGGACAUCAAGCGGGUGCUGACAGAAUUCACAAAGCAGCCGGUGGCGUUGGCGAGCAGCAGCGGGGGAGAGGGAGAGGGGGGACUGCUGGAGGCAGCAGCGCUGACAGUGAAGUACCUGAGCAGCCCCAAGCUGAUGCGGCUGCAGCUGCAAGACGCGACGCUCCGCCGCCACUUCCUGCUGCAGGCGCUCAUCUUCCUGCACGCCUGCCAGAACCCCGUGCUCAAGCCCGGCGCCGCCGCCGCGCAGCAGGCCAAGAAGGAAGCCCUGCGCAGCAAGCAGGUGUUGGAGGCGGAGGAGUUGGAGGGGCUGCUGUACGCUGAGCUGCAGCGCACGCCCAAGCACGGCACCCACUUCUGCGCCGCCGUCAGAACCAUCCUCACCCGCGAGACGCAGUGGACAAAGUGGAAGAGCGAGGGGUGCCAGGGGUACGAGAGGAAAGAGGUUGCGCCUCUGUCGCCGCUGGCCCCUAGUACUGCGCUGCAGGCCGCCACGGCCGCCACAGCCGCCACCGUAUCUGACCCCAACUACGUCGACACCGGCUCGCAAGCGCUUAGCACGCUGUGGAACAUAACCCGGGACAACACCAGCUGCCUGAAGGGCGACACGAACCAGCGCAGCACGCCCAGCCUGCAGGAAUUCCUGGCACCUGUCAUCUUGGAGAUGGAUCCCGAAGAAGGCAUCGAGGAGCAGUACAAGACGAAGAAGGACGAGGUGUACACGUGGAAAUCGCUGCGGCAGAUUGCGCGGGCGUCGCUGCCGGUGUUCUCCAAGAUGCUGACGGCCACGCAGCCCAAGCAGCGCAAGGGAGCGGCCGGCGGCAAGGAGGACAAGAGGGAGCGCGACGCAGACCCGCGCGCCAAGCUGGACCUCGAAGACGCCGUCCACGAGCUCUUCCCGGAUGCCGUGCCGGAGGGAGCCAGGAGAAAGCCGCCGGCGCCUGCGGCAUCGGCGCCGGCGUCGGCCGCGCUGUCAGAGGCGACGGAGGCCCCGGUCGCACGCUCCGGCGCCGACGCCGAUGCGGGCGCCGUCUCCAGCGCCGUUCCCUCCGCGGCCGCUGCCGAGGGCCCCACGCCCAUGGAAACUGAGCUGAGCGCUGCUGAGGACGGGGAAGCGCCGCCGGAUAUAGCACCCGCUGCAGCUGCUGCCGAGGACGGCGCGGCCGGGAGCGCUGCGUCGCAGGAGGCAACGAUGAAAGAGGAAAGAGUGUUGGAAGAGGGAGAAGCGGCUGAGGGGGAGUGCCAGCCGGUGGGCAGCAGAGGAGCAGGGGCUGCAGAGUCGGAAGGCAGGGGCGCGGAGCAGAAGGCAGGGACGUCUCUGGCAGAGAGCCCUGAAGAGGAUGCGACCGCUGUGUGGCCGGCGGUGGAGGAGGCUGCGGGCGAGGCCGCCACUGCACAUGCAGCGGACAGCGCAGCUGCAGCGGGGACCGGAGCACAGAACGGCGCUGUGAACGGGAUCGGCAACGGUGACGCCCGGGCGGAUGUGGCCUCAGCGCAGCCAGCCGAGGCUGCUGUGCAGGAGGGCGAUACCGACAUGGCAGAGGCGACGGCUGCUGAUGGAGAGGCAGAGGGUGGUGAGGAAGAAGGGGAGUUGUCUGGUGGUGGCGGGAAUGCAGGCAGCAAGAGAGCGCCUGCAGAGCAGCCGGAGAGCGAUGAUGCAGCAUUGAAGGAGGAGGAUGUGCAGAAGGCCCCAAAGGAACCCACGAGAGCAACUAGGGGUUCAAAGCGGGCAAAAACAGCGGCCCAGUAA